AUGGCUGCUAAUGCAACAGGCUUAUUACGACCUUUUUGCAACGUUACAAACAAAAUGCAGUGCGCCUUACCUUUAUUCUUCAAUGGAUCGCAAGUAAUAUACAUAAAGCGUGGAUCCCGCAUAAUAAGAACGCUCCACGCAAAAUAUGAUCAUGGUCAAUUUGAAUGCUGGGGAGAAGAUCGCUGGGAUCGAAGAUUAUGUAGAUUUGCUAACUUGUCAUUCGCAGAGGAUAAGUUUUUCAUCUUUCCGCCCUAUGAAAUUCAAUGGGCUUCACCUGUAAUGCUAGCGAACUGCCGCAGCUUCCCAAUUGCACCAUGGGAUGGUUCUAUAUACUUAAAUAACUACAAAGGACCGCCAUACUCAAACCUAACAUAUAGAUCUGGAAAAUAUCUUUUUAAUCAUCCAGGAUUUCUCACUCAUUCAUUGUGGCAUGGCAUGGUUGAACAGACAAUACCACUAUUUCAGACCUGGUACACUUACAUGCAGCAUGAUCGCAGCACAACUUGGUUAAUUAAGCAUGGAUGGAUGGAUAGAGUACGUACUGACGAUGUAGCCAUGUUCAUGGAUAACGAGGCUGAAUAUCUCCAAGAAUGGGCCACUUACGAAGAAGUAUUUAUGGGAAUGACGAAAGUUCUUGACAUGAACUGGCAUAUUCCGAAAGAAAGAGCCAAAAGACCAAUAACGCAAAUGCUUGAAUGGUUUAAUUUUGAAAAUAUUACAGAUUGGAAAAUUCUCAAACAAAUAUUUUGGGAAAGAUACAAACCACCGACAUUUCCGCAGAACAAAUCAUUAGUAUUAUUUAUUAAACGAGCGCAGAAGCGUAAAAUCGUUAAUCAGGAAGAAGCCUACGAAAGAUUAGUCAAAGAAUUCCCCCAAGUUAAUAUUACUAUGCUUGAGCCUGAAUAUAUGAGUUACAGUGACCAAAUGGGUAUCUACGAAGCAGCCGAUUUGGUGAUCGCUGCCCAUGGAAUGGCCCUUUGCCAAGUUCUUUGGAUGAAGCCAGGAAAAAGUGCCAUUGAAAUUUUUCCAUAUGGAAUCGAAGCAAGGGAUUGGUAUGGGUACUUGGCAAAACUCAAUGGUAUACAUCACCAAUACUAUGCACCAACAUUCAACCGUUUUGAAGAAGAAAAUAAGAAAGAUCCGAAAUUAUGGGAUUGUAUUUCUCAUGAACCAUUGAAAUACGACUGUCUGGAUAAGACACUGUUUACUGAUGCAUGGGUUGAUAUAGAUCAACUUGUUGUGAUGACAAGAAAAGCUUUAAUUGAUGCAGGAGUCAAAUUAUAA